AUGGCGCAGUGCGAUGGACCGCAAACGCAACCCGUGGCAGCGCCGCCAGCCAUCGGCGUAUCCCGGCCUGAAGAGGAUGCAUAUCCUGAUCACCCAAAGCUGGAUAACCCACUACCUCCCCGCAAAGGCGGUCGUAUAUCCAGGAGUGUCAUCCCCGGUCUCCCGCGAACCCAGACAUUCGCACGCCGGCUUUCCGAGGAGAGGAGCCGUCUUCAUCCCGUCAGACCAUCCGGAGACGAGAGGAGAGCCAUGUCUGUCGACCGUCGUUCGCGAGUAUUCGACACGUAUUCCGAGGCCAGGCAGGCGGAUCCCAUUCACCAUCCUAACCUUGCCGAUUCAUAUCUACCACAACCAGAGGACCCAGAACAGCCAGGACAGCCAGGACAGCCAGGACAGCCAGAGGCGCUAGAGGAGCCAGAGGCGCCAGAGGAGCCAGAGGAGCCAGAGGAGUCAGAGGAGCCAGAGCAACUUGAAGAACUCGAGCAGCCAGAAGCUUCAGAACGACCUGAGACGUCAGAGGCUCCAGAACAACCCCAGGCGUCCCCUGCGUCCGAAGUCAGAGGUCAGCCUGUUGCGGGGUGGCCUCUGCACGUUGAACUCAACGGUGAUCUCGGCGCCGCUGGCGAAUUCUUGGAUUCGGAUCAAGGCGAUGACGACGACGACCCCAUCCCCGACGACAAGUCUGCCGUGAGCUCCCAGCACGAAUUUGAUGCCAUGAUCCGCCACGAGCUCGAGACGACCUGGAUCCUCAACCUCAGCAUGCGUUACAAGGACCACUCGAAUCGGGAAAAGUUCUUCGUCUCGUACCGCGCCGGCAGCGUCUGGCGCCGCGUCACCGUCACAGUAGACUACCGCAACGCCCCGCGCGACUCCCUCGAGACAGAGCUCUUGAAGAUGAAGUAUCAGCGUGACAAGAACUCCAGGAUAUACGAGAAUAUCCGCACGAGCCUGCAGGAGAUUCGCUUCUACGAUACCGUCACCAACCUCAAGCUCGAGACGAUAGCCGACAGGCUCCACGUUCACGUCGUCGAGGAUGGAAAUGAGAUCAUUCACUUCCCCCCUGUGGCCCAGGUAGCCCAUAUCCCCUGCCCGCACAUCAGGGAGAGCGAUAUCGUCUUUGACCAUCACAUGUCGGGCUUCGUAUACAAGGUCAAGGUGGCCGGCGAAGGUCUCAUCAAGAAGGAGAUACCCGGCCCCGACACCGUCGAUGAGUUCAUGUACGAGAUCAAUGCUCUCAGCAGUCUCGCCGAUUCCGAGAGUGUCAUUGAUUUCUACGGCCUCGUCGUCGACGACGAGGACCGCCACGUCAAGGGGCUCCUCAUCAGGUACGCCGACGGAGGUUCCCUGGUGGACAUCCUCUACGACCACUGCAAGGACCGCCGGGUCGGCCUGCAGUGGUCCCUGAAGGAGCGCUGGGCCCGGCAGAUCGUCCGUGGGCUUGCCGAUAUCCACGAUGCCGGCUUCGUCCAGGGCGACUUUACCCUAUCCAACAUUGUCAUCGACGACAAGGACGACGCCAAGAUCAUCGACAUCAACAGGAGAGGAUGCCCCGUCGGCUGGGAGCCCCCGGAGGCGACGCCGCUCAUCGAGUCGCAGUACUCCAUCGCCAUGUACAUCGGCGUCAAGUCGGACCUCUUCCAGCUGGGCAUGGUCCUCUGGGCCCUGGCCAUGGGCGAGGACGAGCCCGAGAGGGAGGGGCGACCCCUGACGUUUGACCCGGAAUGCGAGGUGCCUGUGUGGUACCGGGCCAUGACCGACACGUGCCUGAGCGCCGACCCACGAAAGCGACGCGAAGCCUCGGGCCUUCUCGCAUUCUUCCCGAACGAGGACGUGCCGGAACUGCGCGUCUCGGUCGAAGAGGAGGACGUCGCAUCGAUCCCCGGCUACGCCUAUGUCGACGACGACGUCGACGACGACAUGAUGGCCGGCGAGGACGAGUGCAACGCAUACGGAAUCCCUCGUGGACGUACCAACACGCAGUCGUACAACUGGUGGCAGCAGGGAGCUGCCUGUGUGCCCGCCGUUCCGCCGUGGCACUACGCCCCGCGUGGUCGCUCGCCGCCCAGCCCGCUCCCGAGCGACUGCGAAGAUGACGGAGGCGACGGAUACGAAGGUGAUGGCAACGACGGCGAAGAUGGGCAGUCGCGGCGCAGACGCCACAGCUACCCCGCCUGGUCGGCCAACAGAAACAUCCGGCCCUCCUACAGCGACGCGGGCGGGGAGGAGGCGGCACCGUUCGACCAGGUGGCUCAGCAGCUCACACCCAGCGCCUCCAAGGAUAUGGGGCCUCUACUAGACAGUGUCGAUCUCGAAGGGACUGCCACGUCUGCAUACACCGACAGCCAAAGGGCGGAGCAGACACCCUUCUCAUCCCUGGAAAGGGAUGAGGCCGUCAUGGUUCCCGAAGCUGACGAGUGCCUCGGACCCGCUUCGUCUUCUGGUGCCGAGGAGGACGGUGUCGCCGCCGCUGAUAUGCCCAGUGAUGCGGCGCCGGCCGAGGGCGCUGUGCAGCGCACGGCAGAAGGAGAGGAGGCUGAGAAUGACCAGGCCUCUCCUCGGGCCGAUGCAGGGCACAACGCUACGACACCUGAUUCAGGGAGCGGCGGGUCGCCAGGAGAGAGCGGCGAGAGUUCUCAGGCCACAGCCUCGACAGCAGAGGGGCGAGAUGAGCCGGGAGAAGUUUCAGGUGUCGAAAACGCCGAUGACCGAUACGAGGCCAGCAGGCCGGAUGCUGCCGGCCCCAAGGAAGCGGGAGGAAUCGGGGAUGCCAGCGCGCCAGGACAGCAGCAGGGCCGUGCCGAUGCUGGGGAGGUGGCGCCGCUGCCAUCGGACGACAAUCCGGCGAGCACGACGGAAGAAGUUGAGCCGGCACAGGCCGAUGCCGAGCCCACCGCUACGGGCGGCGCAUCCGGCGCAAGGGUAGAGGCCGACACGGAGGCGGAGGAGGCGGAGGAAGCGGAAGAGUGCCAGGUCGAUGGCAACGUCAGCCGAUGGGAGUAUGCGGGCUCAUCUUCGACACACGACGCCACGCCCCGGGCACCGCCCAGCGACGGGCACUCUGACGUGGACUUUGACCACUCUCUUACCGGCGCGGGAGCCAUGCACGUGAGCAUCGACUACGAGCUCCUCGAGAAGAGGGGAUUAGACGAUGAUUUCCAAGUGAUUGGACGGUCCGAGGUGGCCACCUUGUGA